GGGAGGGCGAGCGGUGGGUUGGCGCAGUGCGCUUGCGCCCCGUGCGCGAGGAGGUAUCCGGCAGGUUGCAGCCAGUGGUGCCGCCGUGAGAAUCCGCCCGGUCGUUGGCGGUUGCUGUCGUCGAUAUUCCAAUCGAGAAGGAGAGGGAAGAAGGACAGAGCGACGGUUGUUGAACGGCCAGGGUGGUUGGCUGGCGGGCGAGUUCCUCUUUGGACUGGCGAGGAGCUGCAGCCAUGGAGGUCCCGCCGCCGCUGCUGCAGUCGCUCGCCUGGGGCUGGGGAGGGUCUGCGGAGGCUGCGUGCGAAGCCAAGCUCCGCCUCGGCGCCGAGCGGGGAGCCCAACAACAAGCCUGAGGGCGGCCUCGGAGCCUGUUGAGGGGGGUCCAGCAACAAGGCUGGGGGCCGAGCGGUGUCGCUGAACGUCCACCUCUCUGCCGCCGGCGUCGCAGCAGUCCCGGAGGGGGAGGCGCUUGGCUCUCGGGCUGGCGGGCUGGGGUGGGGGGCGCCUCGCCACCGAACAAACCAGCCUCUUCCCUCACCUCCCCAGCGCUUCUCCCCCAGAGGGACGGUCGCCUCGCCCCGCGCGGUUCUUCCCUCGGGCCGCCGCAAAGAGACAAAGCUGCGCUGGCGUCGCCGCCUGCGCCUCUUCAGUCGCCUUUUUCUCCGUCUCCUUGGCAGAAAUUUGGAGGUAGGCCGAUCCAGAGUAGAGCUCCAUCGGAAAGCCGGCGUGAAGGACUUCCUGGCCUCUUAAGGAUAAUCCGUGUAAAAGCUUUUCGAUACGAGGGUUUUUGUCUCGCUGGCUGUCGCCUCGCUAUCUACCCUGCCAACUGUGAUAGCGCUUUGAAUAUACCCAGGCUUAUUUUCCUCUGAAUUGGUUAUCUUUAAAAAAAAAAAAAGUCAAGAGGGCGUAGGGCUUCUCCCUGCCUUCCCUAAUCCGUAUCAGUUUAAGCUUCCUCAACGGUCUCAGUGGCAGAAAGGGCUGCCUUUCUGCCAGGCACCCAGGAUGGCUUUUUCUCUUCAUGUGGUUGUAAUUCCUUUUUGACUAUGGCAUGGAAUGAAUACGUGAUGGAUUUCUGCACACUGUAGAUACAAAUACAGUUAUUUUGCAAAGUUUUGAUAAAAAUUAACCGAAGGCACUUCUAAGGGCUGAAGAUGAUCCUGAAGUGUGUUUUACCUUCCUGGAACUGUUCACCUGCUGUGCCCGUUUUGGUUCUCUUUAAUUGUUAUAUUCUCCUAGCUAGUGCGGAUAAUACAAAUCAAGCAUAUUAUUCAGCCCUAGUAAACGUGACUGUAUGGAAUUCUGAGCGUUCUGCACCUACUUUACUAAGACUUAACCGUGGACGCUAUGGCCAGGAUUCUCCCAAAGUAGCUGUCAAAGGUCUGCUUGUGGCACCUUUACCAAUCAAUGGAGUUGCAGAUCGUUUAGGCUGUGAUUCUCGAACACGGUUUCAAGUUCCUCCAAAUACUAAACAGUGGAUUGCCCUGCUGCAGCGAGGAAAUUGUACCUUUAAAGAAAAAAUACUGCGGGCAGCUUCACACAAUGCUUCCGCUGUGGUAAUUUACAACAAUGUAUCUGGUGAGGAGCCUGUAACUAUGACUCAUCAAGGAACUGGAGACAUUGUUGCUGUCAUGAUAACAGAAUCGAAGGUUAAAGAGAUCCUGAAUUAUUUAGAAAAAAACAUGUCUGUUCUAAUUGAAAUAGCAGUUGGAAUCCGCGAUCAAGCUAAAAAUUUUAGUCGUAGUUCUCUUGUCUUCGUAUCAAUAUCGUUUAUAGUUUUGAUGAUAAUUUCUUCAGCAUGGUUAAUAUUUUAUUUCAUCCAAAAGAUCAGAUAUACAAGUGCACGUGAUCGAAAUCAGCGUCGUCUUGGAGAUGCUGCCAAGAAAGCUGUUGGCAAACUAACAACAAGGACUGUAAAGAAGGGUGAUAAGGAAACAGACCCAGACUUUGAUCAUUGUGCUGUCUGCAUUGAAAGUUACAAGCAGAAUGAUGUUGUCCGCAUUCUGCCUUGCAAGCAUGUUUUCCACAAAACCUGUGUGGAUCCAUGGCUCAGUGAACACUGUACCUGUCCUAUGUGUAAACUGAACAUUUUGAAAGCCCUGGGAAUUGUGACAAAUGUUCCAUGUGCUGACAAUAUGGCCUUUGACAUGGAAAGGCUCACCAGAGGCCAGCUAGGCAACAGGAGAUCAGUACUUGGUGAACUUAGCAGUGACAGCACACUCAGUCUGGAGCCCCUGCGUACUUCUGGCAUAUCACAGUUUCCACAGGAUGGGGAAUUGACCCCAAGAACCGGAGAGAUCAACAUUGCUGUAACUAAAGAAUGGUUUAUUAUUGCCAGCUUUGGCCUCCUGAGUGCCCUUACACUCUGCUACAUGAUCAUCAAAGCCACAGCUAGCUUAAAUGCUAACGAGGCUGAGUGGUAUUGAAGAAACACUUUGACAAAUUGCCUUGGAUAGCAAACCACCUAUUUUUAUGCUUCAUUUAUUGUUCAUUUUAUAACACAAGCAUAUGUUUAGUACCUUCUAUUUUCAUAAUUUGCUAAUGCCAAAGCUUUGUAUU